AUGAAAAGACAAAACCAAAGCUCUGUGGUUGAAUUCAUCCUCUUGGGAUUUUCUAACUUUUCCAAACUCCAAGAGCAGGUCUUUGGGGUUUUCUUGGUGGUUUACCUGGUGACUCUGAUGGGAAAUGCCAUCAUCAUAGUCAUCAUCUCCCUGGAACAGAGCCUGCAUAUCCCCUUGUAUCUGUUUCUCCGAAACUUGUCUGUGGUGGAUAUGGGUAUCAGUGCCGUCAUUAUGCCUGUUAUGCUGGUGAUCCUUUCCACUGAGAAGAUGAAGAUUUCUACAGUGGGCUGUUUUGCACAAAUGUACUUCAUUCUUCUUUUUGGUGUGACUGAAUGUUUUCUUCUGGGGGCAAUGGCUUUUGACCGAUUUGCUGCAAUCUGCCAUCCUCUGAGCUACCCAAUGAUUGUGAACAAAAUGGUUUUCGUGAAAUUAGUUACAUUCUCAUGGGUCUCAGGGAUCACAGUGGCUACUGUGCAGACCACAUGGGUGUUUAGUUUCCCCUUUUGUGGCCCCAAUGAAAUUAAUCAUCUCUUCUGUGAGACUCCCCCAGUGCUAGAGCUGGCAUGUGCAGACACUUUUUUGUUUGAGAUCUACGCAUUCACUGGCACCAUUCUGACAGUUAUUGUUCCAUUCUUGUUGAUACUCUUGUCUUAUGUUCGAAUUCUCUUUGCCAUUCUAAAGAUGCCAUCAACCACUGGGAGGCAAAAAGCCUUUUCCACCUGUGCCUCCCAUCUCACAUCUGUUACCCUCUUCUAUGGCACAGCCAGUAUGACUUACUUACAACCCAAAUCUGGCUAUUCCCCAGAAACCAAGAAGCUGAUGUCCUUGGCUUACACGUUGUUUACACCUCUGCUGAAUCCACUGAUCUACAGCUUGCGAAACAGUGAGAUGAAAAGAGCUUUGAUAAAAAUAUGGCAAAGAAAAGUGGAUUUACAUACAUUCUGA